AUGGCACCUACUAACGAAAACAACCGUAAAAGAAAAAGAACCACAUCCAACAACGAAACAACUUCUAAAAAAAGAACAACAACCUUAAAUUCCUCGAUAAGAGUGGGAAAUGAGUACCAAGCCGAAAUACCAGAGAUUCAAAAAACACAAUUAAGUAAGAAUACGGAAGAAAAAUCCUCACGAGUUUGGUUACCCACAGAAGAUUCAAUCGAAUUGGAUGAAUACAUAGAUUUUGCCAAGACAAAGCAUAAUUAUAGCGAAGAACAAGCUUUGGCAAUGGCGUUUUUUCAUCGUUAUGAUUAUGAAAAAGCUAAGCAAGAUUUGGCCAACUACGCUCCAGUUUUGGAAGAAUGGACCAAGAAGGACAUAGCUGAUUUUAGAAGGGGCCUUAAGUUGUAUAGAGGUAAUUUUAAGAAAAUACAGAAAAUGUUGCCGCAUAAAAAAAUAGGGUCCAUUGCUAGCGAAGAACAAGCUUUGGCAAUGGCGUUUUUUCAUCGUUAUGAUUAUGAAAAAGCUAAGCAAGAUUUGGCCAACUACGCUCCAGUUUUGGAAGAAUGGACCAAGAAGGACAUAGCUGAUUUUAGAAGGGGCCUUAAGUUGUAUAGAGGUAAUUUUAAGAAAAUACAGAAAAUGUUGCCACAUAAAAAAUAG